CCUCUGUGAUUGCGUGCGCACCUGAGGACGAUCUGCGGGCCUACGGCCCACAUACCCGAAAUUUUCUUUUUAAAGAGGCAGGAGCCUUCUACUGGCUGAGGAAUUUCUGGAUAAAAGCAGCUGUCAUGGGCCCCCAGGACAACCCAAACGUUGAACAGAGGGGAUUUACAGUGAUGCUAAUAAAACAGGCUUCCGGGCCUGUAACUUUCGCGACACCUCUUACGACCCAGGACUACUUUGUACGGUUCUACUGAGGUGUUUUAAAAUAAACCGCACGUUUAAGGUGUGCAAUUUACUCGAUACUGCCCAAUGGACGUAUAUACACUGGGACUAUCACCAGGAUCAAGAUCAUGAACCUACCAACCAGGCCCAAAAGUGUCUGCUUUGCCACUACUGGCGGACUCGAAAAUGGCGCAUGCUCAGACCCCCUAAAAGCCCUGGGUCCUCCUGCGGAGGCAGUUAAGACAUCAGGGCCGGUGACCGCAGAGCUCUGGCACUGGGCGGGCAGUGCGGGCCCCGGCGGGGAGCUGCGCAGCCGGGGCACCGCUACGUGCUCUGCCAGAGCACUCACCUCCUCACAACUCCUAAGGGACGACUACGACAAGAAGGUGAAGCAGGCAGCCAAGGAAAAGGCGAGGAGGCGGCACACGCCCGCGCCAACGAGACCUCGCAAGCCCGAUCGGCAAGUGUAUCUGCCGCGACGCCGAGAUGGCUCUACCCACCCAAGCAACCCAGACUGUGAGGAGUCCGGUGAAAGCAGCAGUAGUGGUGGCUCCGAGCCAGAGCCUUCUGGCCGUCAGCUCUUCUGCUUAGAAUAUGAGGCAGACAGCGGAGAAGUCACAUCAGUUAUCGUGUAUCAGGACGAUGAUCCAGGAAGGGUGAGUGAGGAGGUGUCAGCGCACACGCCUCUGGAUCCACCCAUGCGAGAGGCCCUCAAGUUGCGCAUCCAGGAGGAGAUUGCAAAGCGCCAGAGCCAACACUGACCAGGCUGAAAGCAUUCCCUCCUGGCUGGAUUCACUGCCCCGGGAGUUCACCCCUAGUUUAGGGGUGCCAGGACCAGUCUGGGCUGAUCUUGAGACACACAUUUACAUCCCAGAGCUGCCACAUCCACAGGAAAAAAGUAUUGUAGAGACUGCCUGGCCACCUCCUUUGUAGCCAUUCUUUCUUGUAUAUUGGCCCAUUUUACCAGCCUAAUAUUUUGGAAUUUUUAAGAAUUUUUUUUGGCUAGCUUGGUAUUCUGAAAGCAGAGACUCCAGAGAAAGCCGAGGUCUGUGAAGCCUUGUGCCAACGUGCUGCUUUCUCACCGAGUUCAUAUCCCUGGGACACCAGGCCACUGCUGCUCCAAUCAGCUAUGUGAGCCAUGUUUGUUAUUUUCAUUCAUGUUUUCCAAGAUCUUUUUUUCAGCUGUUUCUUUGUUCUUUCCUUUUUUUGGGGGGGGGGAUGUGUGUGUGUGUGUCAGAGUCUAAUCAGAUCCAUCCCACCCCCUACCUCCCAGUGUGACUUUGUACCUCCAGCUGCUCAGGACUCUGGAGGUGUGGGGUUCUGGGGAUCUGCGUUUCUAACAAGCUCUCCCAGUAAUUCUGAUAACCAAUAAAGUGGGAGAUCUUCAUUUUUAA